GGAUGCAACUUUUUCAAGUGACGCCGGGUCCCGGGGUCCCGGUCCCCGAGUUGUGUAAUUCAGGAGGAAUCUUUCUACCCUGUUAACACGAUUACCCGAUUGUCAACCCGAAGGUAUAUAUACUUACACGCCCACUGAAACGUCCAUCAGUCCUUUGCCGGCCCUAGACAAUCGCCAGUCCGGUCCCCAGUGCGGAUGUGUUGAAAAGUUUUGUGGUUUUUCCAUCAGUUCAGGACCUCGAGCAUGAGGCAUAAGGCUCUUUGUGGCUUGAUACUCGCAAGCAUAGUGGCAUGUAACCUGACACAAGCACAGAGGCCCGCCUCCUCUUAUUUACCUCCAGGGGGAGGGGGAGGCGGUGGAGGCGGCGCACCACGACCUGGACCCUCUUACGGUCCACCUGGAGGAGGUGGCGGCGCUAAACCAUCGACUUCGUUCAAACCUCCGCCACCAGGAGGCCCAAAACCCCCCAGUUUCGGCGGAGGCGGCCCACCUGGAGGUGGGGGUGGAGGGGGUGGCGGAGGCGGAGGCGGUGAAGAGGGUGGAAAACCUGAGCCAUACAGUUUCGAGUACGAAGUGAAGGACGCAGCAACAGGGACAGAGUUCUCCCGGAAGGAAGAAUCAGAUGGUACGAAGGUAAUGGGUGAAUACAAAGUUUUGCUGCCGGACAGCCGGACUCAGAUCGUCACGUACAUGGCGGACGAGAACGGCUACAUGGCUGACGUCAAAUACGAAGGGGAGGCCAUUCCCGGACCACCCGGUCCAGCGGGAGGGGGUGGCGGCGGUGGUGGAGGUGGUGGUGGAGCCCCACCCGGAGCUGGAGGAUACCCUGCGGGCGGAGGCCCAGAGGCUGGAUAUCCAUCAGGAGGCCCAGGAUUCGGCCCACAAGGAACUGGCUAUCGAAGAUAGGAACAUCAUUAGGGUAAAAUUUUCGUUGCAAAUCAUUACAAUCACCAUUGGCGUUGUAAUAUUUUUCAUAUUUUGUAAAUCUUGUGAAUACCAAAGCUCGAGGACAAUGUGGUCGAAUAACAACAGUAUAAAACACUCCCAAAAUAA